CUUGCAGAUAUAGAUUCUCUUGUAACCUUUUUGUAAUGAAAUAUGUUAUCUUAAUGGCUGAGAGAAAUGAUGAUAUGGAUCAAUGCUUUGUGGCCACGUUGGGCUACAAAACAAAAAUAGAGUGGGGCUGCAGAUUUUGUUGUCAUGAUUUAAGUCAACCACAUCCAUUAAAAAUGCUGUGGAAAGAGACGUGGAAGAAUUAUUACUUGUUAAUUAGUGUCAUGUGAUAUAAAUAAUAAACUAAUGUAAAGUUCCAUUUUGCCUAUUUCUUUAAGAUUGGGGUAACUAAUGGAUAUUAUUACCCUUUUUCCAUUUGUCUAUUUGUAAUGAAACACUGAAUCUCCUGUCAGAUCAGCCUUGUCGAGGUAAAAAUUCCAUGUGCUGUACCAAAAUUGCCAAGUGCAAGACCAUAGAUCUAGUUGAGCAGAAUAGAGAAUUAAACAUUCAAGCCUUUUUUUAAUAAUUCAGGUUCAUACUGUAAAGAUGGAUUACUGAUAGAUAUUAGCCAGAUCAAGUGGAUGGUUAAACAGGCUUUCUUGUGUAUCAAUAUUUAGUCCAAGUCUGCCUAACUUUUAGAUGGGUUGACUAAAUGAGUAGAAGUAAUAGUCAGUGUGGGGAUGCAGAAAUCGAACUCCUCUAAAAAAAAAAAUACCUACGUGGGGUUGCUUCUGCAUACAAGUAAGUUAACAGAAACCAAACUCCUAGAAUUUUAAAGUAGUCUUGUUAUGUUCAUUCUUCAAAAGAGAUAUGGAGAAAAGCAAGUUUCCAACAAGUCUAGUAAUUCUAAUACUUGUGUUUCCAUAUGCAAAUGCAACCUUGUCAGUCCCUAAAGCUAAGAAGCACUUUGUGCUAGUUCAUACCGCAUUCCACGGAGCCUGGACCUGGUACAAGAUUGUGGCAUUGAUGACAUCUUCAGGGCAUAAUGUUACAACUCUGGAUUCAGGGAUCAACCCGAAACAAACACUUUUAAUCCCACAUUUUUCUGAUUACUUGAGUCCGCUAAUGAAGUUCAUGGCUUCACUUCCUGCACAUAAAAAAAUAAUUCUUGUAGGUCAUGCCUUUGGUGGACUCGCCAUUUCUAAAGCCAUGGAGACCUUUCCAGAAAAGAUUUCAGCUGCUGUUUUUCUCAGUGGUCUGAUGCCUGGUCCAGCUCUCAAUGCAACCACCCUCUAUACUAAGGCAAUCAAUGCAUUAAUUACUCAACUUGAUACUCGUAUUACAUACGAUAAUGGACCUACAAAUCCUCCAACCACCGUCAUCGCAGGUCCAAAGUACUUGACAACUACCAUUUAUCAGUUGAGCCCAAUUGAGGAUUUGGCGUUGGCCACUACACUAGUAAGGCCAUUUUAUUUAUACCGCGCGGAAGAUGUUUCUAAGGAGAUAGUUCUUUCAAGCAAAAGGUAUGGAUCUGUUAGGCGAGUGUUCAUUGUUGCUGCUGAAAAUAAAGCUCUGACGAAGGAAUUUUCAGAGUUGAUGAUUGAAAAGAAUCCACCUGAUGAAGUGAAAGAGAUUGAGGGCUCUGACCACGUGACCAUGAUGUCUAAGCCCCAACAACUUUUUACUACUCUUCUGAGCAUUGCUAACAAGUAUAGAUAAGAGCUGUUAAUUAAAAUGAAUAAGGGGGACGUGUCUAAGGCUGAGAAAUAAACUUCAGUGAAUGCACAUAUCUGAUGCAUUUAUAUGAUGAUCUCAGUUCUCCCAUAUAAGUUUCAGUUGUCAUUUCCUUCAUUGUUCAUUGUUUGGAAUUGACAUCA